AUGAAUAUCGAUAGUUGGCUAAUACCAUUACCAUUGAAUGAUUCUCAACAACACGAUUUUAAUCUUUGUCAAGAAAAAUUACAAACACUUCUCAAUAUACCACUACGUGUAGAUUGUCUACCAAGUGAAAUAUUACUAACGAAUUCCACUCAACAAACAACAUUAACAUUGAAUAAUCGUAAUCCAUUAAAAAUGUAUUGGCAAAGAAAUUUAAAUGAAUUACGCUUAUUUUUAAAACCAAAUCAAACAAAACUCGAAGCAAAUCUUAUUGAAAUACAUAAACAUAGACGUUUACAAAUAACACGUUAUGUUAAACAAAAUUUAUUUCAAUCCUCAGUUCGAAUAUCAUUUUCACAAAUGUCAACAACUAACAAUCAUCUAUUGUUAUUAACUAUAGCUGGAAAACAUUGUAUUUUAGAAUUACAAAUACCAUCCAUAGACAAUGAUUUUAUCUAUCGUGGUACAUACAGAAAAGUUGGUGAAGAUGCUCAACAACGAUCAGUUACAACACUAUUUAAUUGUACAAUAUAUAUAGAUAAAGAAAUGGCAUUAGUACUUAGUCAAUAUGGUCUAUGUCGAAUAAUAUCAUAA